CUCACUCGCAAUCAAAGCAUCAAUUGUUUGUUUGCUUCUUUUUUCUUUGCUGUACGGAGAUGUGUGUGCGGGGCGGAGAGGAGAGGAAUUGGUUUGUUGCCUCUCAUUUUGGUAUUUUUCCUUUUACAUUUUAGUUUUGGUCUUGUGUUUUAUCGCCAACUGUAGAAGUGAACGCUUCCGUUUCCGCUAGUCGCGUCUGCUGCUCGCACACUUCCGUUUUUUGGGCUCCUUCUGUUUGCUCGUUGCUCCUAUUUAAAUAAUAUGUCCCUCUGUUCCAUUGUUUCGCCUUGUGAGGAGCCUACCACCCACUCUACCACUCCCUCCUCCCCCCCUCCAUAGAAAGCAGUAUUACACGCAAUUUCUUUUCUUUACUUAAACAAAUUGAACCUGCCCAAGGACCCAAAGCAAGAAGACCGAGGCAGCAGCAGCAGCAACAGCAAACAACCGAAAGGAUAAAGGAAAAAAAACUAUGAUAACAAGACUCUACAACACGGAAGAGGAUCCCGCCUAUUGCUCAUUCAUUUGGGGCGCCAAUCUAAGUAGCACCAACGAUGUCCUUCUGGCUACUGCAACAAAUGAGACAUCCGUGUUUGGUAGCGAUUUGCGUGAUGAUUUCUAUAGGGAUGUGGAGGAUCCCCGUACCGAAUCCUUACGAGAAUAUUGUUACGGUCUCCUAUUACCCAUCAUCUGCACAAUGGGCAUCAUCGGUAAUGUGCUCAAUCUAAUUGUACUCACCAGACGCAAUAUGCGUGGCACUGCCUACAUCUACAUGAGAGCGUAUUCCACGGCCGCACUGCUUGCCAUUGUCUUUGCCAUACCAUUUGGCAUACGCAUGCUGGUUCACAAGGAUCGAGGACAAUGGGAGGAGUUCGGACCGGCUUUCUAUACGGCCCACUUGGAGCUUUAUUUGGGCAACGGAUGUUUGGGUGUCGGUGUUAUGAUGCUUUUGGUACUCACUGUUGAACGCUAUGUAUCUGUAUGCCAUCCGGGCUUCACCCGUCCUGUAAUGGGUCCUCCAGUGGUCGUGGUAUUUCUGACAUGUUUUGUGACCUUUAUUAUAUACUUGCCAAGCAUUUUCCGCGGUGAACUGAUCAAGUGCAUGCUGGCCUCGAAUGAGCCUGUCUAUCUGAGAAGGGACAAUACGAUAUACCAACAGACGCUCUUCUAUCGCGUCUAUAAGAUAAUGCUUGAGGUGAUCUUCAAGCUGAUACCGACAUGCAUAAUUGGUGGCCUGAAUUUGAGGAUCAUGCUGGUGUAUCGCAGCACCUGCGAACGACGCCGUCAGAUGGUACUGACCCGAGCCCAUGCCAACUAUGUGAAGGACGAUGAUCCCCGUAAAUUUGCCGAAGAGCGUCGUUUGUUCCUGCUAUUGGGCAGCACUUCUAUAUUGUUUCUGGUGUGCGUCUCACCGAUGGCCAUAUUGCAUAUGACCAUCGCAUCGGAGGUCUAUCCAAGCUUUCCGUUUCAGGUGUUUCGUGCCAGUGCCAAUUUAUUGGAAUUGAUCAACUAUUCGUUAACGUUCUACAUCUACUGCCUGUUUAGUGAGGAUUUCCGGAAUACAUUGAUGCGCACCAUUAAAUGGCCCUGGCUGAAGAGUAAAUUCUGUCAUCAAAUUGAUAACCAUCAUCCCAAAUCCUCCCCCUUCCAGACCACAAAAGGUGUCCCAAUGGUGCGAUUUAAUAAGCUAAAUUCAGCGAAUCGAUGUCAUCAUCACAUUACAAAUACAACAUUCGGAUUGGGACGUUCGAGCAGUAUUUAGCCCCCACUUCCACUCCACCACUGACCACCAUUCGUCCAUUCGUCCUCUCCUGACCCGUCUAACCCAUUGGCAUUUCCCUGCUAAAUUGAGAGCUGCAACCGAAAUCUAUUCACAUUAACGUAUAUCAUCAAGGAUCGAAAGGAUAUACAAAUUAAAACCACAAGGCAUAUUUCUUUGUCAAUGUCUAUGUAGGUAAUUAGUUUUAAUGGCAUUCAUGUGUUCAAGAAACUAUUCUUAUUAAUGUGUAUUGUGUGCUAAGUGUGAUUGUUCGAUUGUCUCAUUAAACAUAAGUUAAAUGGCUGACAUAAACUAUAGACACGAUAGUAAGAGAUUCAAUUUGAUCUGUAAUCGUUAAAUGUUCGCUCUGAAGAAUCAUGUUGGAUUUUGUGUCCUUUUUUUUGUGUGUGUAACAAUUAACGAUAAGUUCUUUAGAUAGAUGGAUAACUAGCAGUAGUCGUGUAUAUUCAGCUUGCGAUCAUCUAUCAGUAUAUUAUAUAUAUACUAAAUACUAAAUGUAUUGCAUUUCGAUUGAUGGCCAAAGCAAAUGAGCUUAGCUUAGAAAACUUGAGACAAGAAAAUUAGUACGAAAUAGAAAUGAAAUUAAAUAUCGAUGUAUACGUAUUCCUAAGAUACAAGCCAUGUUUACUACCAAACACAUACACACACACACACACACACACAGAUAUACACAAUUAAGAUGGCCAGAAAAAGAUGAUGAUGAUGAUGAUGAAUGUCUAUGAAGAUAUGAGCUCGUAUACUCUAGUUUUUAGAAGCAUUUCCAAAUGACAAGAAUGAUGACAGACAGAAGACAUGAUUGAAUAUACAUACGUAUUAUACAUACAGACAUACAACAUACAUACAUACAUAUAUGAAUGAUAUUUAUGUAAACCGAUGUAUUUAUAUAGAAGUCAAAAUAUAUUUAUAUAUAUAUUAUAUUAUCGAUUGAUGAAAUUUUAGCAUUUAAAUAAGUAUGCAAAAUGAAAACCAAACCAAGAACCCAAAAAAAAAAAAAACUUCGUCUGACGAAUAAAUGUCUUAAGUUAAAGAUCAAAAUAUAA